GUCCCAAACGCUGCAUGUUCAGGAAAUGCAACGUCAGAGCCCUGGUGCUGAACCGCCUGUAUGUGAUGUGCAGAGGGCGAAGGAGGCUGCGGGCCCUUUCCUCGGCUUCAGCUCCUCUGUGCCCUGUUGCUGGCCGCAGAGAAGGGCUGCCCGCUGGGCACAGGGAGCGCCUUCUCGCCGCCGUCCCGUGCCCUGCAGCCCCCUCCUCAUCCCGUGCGCAACGCCGCUCCCAGCAGCACAGGUGCCAUUGUGGAACCUUGCCCAUGUCACAGCCGUCACCUUGGUCACUGCCACCCCACCCGGCGCACUCGUCUCUGAGCGUGCUGGGCAGGUGGCAGCCAUGUCCAGCACUAAGAGAGCGAGAGUGGAAGAGAGCGUAGUUAUAUAUGGGAAGAGGGAGCUGGGGGCCCCAGAACCGAAGAGGAGGAGGGGGCCCACCAUGACCAUCAAGCAGAGGAGGGAGAGGAGGAAGGGAGCCCGGUUCCAUCGCGCCCGGGCCAGCGCUGUGAGCGACCAUGGGGAGCCCAUGGAGGUGGAUCCGCCUCCAGAGGAGCCCAUGGAGGUGGAUCCGCCUGCGGCACAGCUGGCCUGGCACCACACCACCGUGCCAGGCCCUGUGUUGGCGCGCUCACAGCUCCGCCAUCGCUGGUCCGGGCGCUCGGCCCCUUACCCUCUGCGCGGCCCCCGCCCCCGGCAUUAGCUGGGUGGCAUUGCUGACCAUCUGCUCCUCCUCCACCUUGUUGCUCCUCUGCGCUUCUGCGGGCCCCCAGUUCCAUCUUCCCCCUUAGGAGUUAGGUCCCACUUCUGGGCUUUGUUGUUGAUUUUAGUGUUAGCUUAGUUUUAGUGUUCAGUUUAGUUUUAGCAAUAGGCAUAGGUUACUGUUAGGAGUGUAGAGUUAGGCAUAGGUUACUGUUAGGAGUGUAGAGUUAGGCAUAGGUUACUGUUAGGAGGUUAGAGUUAGGCAUAGGUUGCUGCUGCCAACUGGCAGUAAAUGCUGCUCACUCGGUAAGCCCUCCCUGAGUUCUCAUGCAGAGAAAUGAGUGCGACUGCCCUGAGAAGGGAGGUUUGAGGACGUCUGCGAUGAAUUGAAUUUCCAUCUUGUGACUUUUCUG